CGACCAAAAUAAAUAUUUGUAAAAAAUUGAAGAAAAUAGCAAAUUAAGCGAUGAAAACCAGCGUAAAAUACCUGUAAACACACCCAAGAUAAUGCGACAAUGAUGAUGGCUGGUUGGAACGUGAGGAACCGCAGCAUUAACUACCGAGAUCGAAAACUAUCGCCCGAGGAGUACUUCCGACUGGAUGAGAACAAGUCGCCCGUCGAGAAUGCCUACACAAUUUACAAAGGAUUAAGUAAUAAGAAAACAAGCGAUAGUCUUCGUGUGUGCUUUUUGAAUGAAAUUGUCAAGUUAUUCGAGGAACACAAGCCGGAUUCUCUCAAAUUUACAGUCGAGGAGUGGCUUUAUCUAUUUAGUACGUGUCUCGUGCAUCAUCAGUGUCAAAUUCGAGCAGCGACUUUGCGAGCAAUUCGUCAUUUGCUGUCGCACCCAAAUGAUUUGCAAAAGUUCAACGAGUUGCAACUCGCCUAUUUGUGUUGUCGCAGUCUCGAUAUCGUCUUGUUCAACGAAGAGGAACGUUUGCAGGCCCUCAAGCUCAUCCGCAAAAUGUUGGCAGUGUCUCCGGAGCACGUUAGUCCCGUAAUUGUUUAUUGUCUCGUUUCGUUGGCGGAAUCGGGCACGAAGGAGCGUAUUUUGCGUGCUUGUCUGGCAACGUUGUGCGAAAUUGGUGUCCUGAAUCCGAAUUUGCUGAUAAUGUGUGGCGGCGUGAGUGCGAUACGACGAAAUGUACUCGAAACGCACAGUCCUCGGAUUGCGGAGUCGUUGUGUGGGGUUUUGUUGCACUUGUUGGAAUAUCCGUGCACGAGGAAUCUGGCGGGCGUUCGAUUGGAAUGUCUCGCGGCACCAUAUUGUGAUAUUACCUACAAGAAACAGAAUGCCGGAGAUCUUCGUUUCACAAGUAGCCGCAUCGCGUUACUCUCCGUGUUGAAAAGCUUCGCCGGCAUCAUUGAAUUUUGCAAUCCGAAUAACACGUCAGGCCUAAAGGCGAUCAUCGAGGUGUUAUAUUUGAACCAAGACGAAGUCAAGAAAGCAAUAUUAGACUUAUUUUACGAAUUAAUUGGGCUUCCAACGCCACAAUGGAACGACGAAUCGAUCGAUUAUUCCGUCGCGCUCGGAGUUGUCGAUCCUGCCGACUUUCAAGACGCAUGGCGCAUCACAGAUGGUUUCGUCGCAGUCGAAGGACGCUCAAUUCUGCCCACAUUGGCUCAUAGUGUGCCCAAUAUCACGGAAAUUCAUCUUUCCAUGCUACUCUACAGCUUCGUGGAAAACAGUUUGUUGAAUGCGCUCGUUCAGGUGAUUGUGACGAGUGAAAAUGCGUUGUCAGUACGGGCUACAAUCCUGCUUGGGAGACUUUUGGAGCUGAUGCACAAGUUGCUGCCAGCGGAUGUGUGUAACACGAAUCAUUGUCUUCCGACGUUGAUCAUGAAAGCGGCGGAAGGAAAUGAUCGGGCAAAGGCAGCGAUUGCCGCACUUACGAGUUACCAUCAAAUGCUGCGAAAUCGGCCGGCGAGUUGCAGUUUGUUCCUCGACACGAUCAUCCAGAGUGGGCAACUCAUCAAUUCGCGGAUCUUUCAUCGGGAGAUCAGUACCAAAGAGGCAUAUUUGUUACCAAAAAAACGCGCGACUCUCGAAAGGCGUCGCUACGACUCGGUAGGCUCGUCUUCGAAUCACGAAGAUGGCAGCGACAAUGGAAGAGAUGGCGCCGGCAUCGGAAGUUCGAGUAGUAUCAAGGGAACUUUUACCCAAAAACGCGCGAAAUUUUUGCAUUUCUUCGAUAACACGAAGGAAUACGAAAAAUUGAUUCAUGACUCGCAAGUGUUGUCAACGAAUAAUCCCGCGACAUGGGAUUGGGAUAUUGUCAUCACACUGUUGCGAUCUGACAUGCUCGGCAAGAUGGAUGACCUGCAAACGCGAUUUAUUCGUACCUUAGUCUCUUACUACAAACCAAGUCUGAAUUUAUUUUCGCACGAAGAACUCACGGAAAAACGUCAAGUGCCGUCGUUCGUUACUGCCGGCUUGGAUUUGCUCGAUUGGCUGCUGAAGUCGUCGGAGCUGGAAUGUAUACGAUUACUCACGGAUUUAUUUACCGACAUCAAAACUCAUCUUUUAGCAAUUAGUACGUCGCGCAGUGCUCACAACUGUCUUUUCAGUCCGCAGCACAUGGCAUCGACGAUGUGUCAGCAAUAUUUUCUCUUCAUUGGUCGACUGUGCAAAAAUGACCAAGGAUUGAAUGUUCUCACGAACACGGAUGUGUUUAAACAAUUAAGUAAUUUGGUUUCCAGUACAAAAACGCAUAUUUGUUAUGUAAAGUUGAUUGUGUCGGGUUUGGAUUAUUCGUAUCGAGUUCCUCGACAGAUAUUAGAAAAAGCAUUAAAAUCGCCUCAACGUGCAGCUCGUCAUUACGCCACGCAAUUUCUUUUGGUUUUGUUACGAGCUAAAGUUCCCAAAUUCGAUGAAUAUGGCAUCCCAUUGAUCAUCAACCAAUUACGUGACAAAGAACGUCUCAUCUCGCUAACAGCUCUCGAUAUCCUGCUGGAAGCGUGUCACGAUAAAACCUAUUUGGAGGAAAUUGUCAAUUUAUGGCCCUCCGAAGAGCUUGCCGGUCUCGAGGAUGACGGCAGAAUAGUAAUGACGAAAUUUUAUUCCAUCCCUCGCGGAAUAAAUCACACAAAAGCUCACGUCAAGGAAGAAAUUCAACUUUGGAUGGAUUCGUUCAACAAAAAAUACGUUCUCAUGCUCGAAGCGGAUACGCAUGCCUCCUUAACGCUCCAUACGCGAAACGAGGACAAAACUUACAGCAAACGGACUUGUAGCAAUCGCCCAACAAUUGUUCCGCCAAAUAUUUUGCCUCAUUUGUACGGGCAACUUGUGCAAACUUCUCAAGGGAUGGCGAAUUUACAACGUUACGGAUUGCUGGUGCAACACAUUGAGACUUUGGAGAAUGCCAGAUGCGGUAAUGACACGGAAUGUUUGAAUUUGAAGGCGUCGUUGUGGGUUUUGGGACAUUUAUCGACAUCAGCGGAGGGCGUGGAGUUCUUAAAUGAUCCCGUGACACGCGUUUAUGAGAAAAUAAUUUAUUUGGCGAAAACGUGUCCCGUUUAUUCGAUUCGCGCAACCUCGAUAAACGUCUUGGGACUCAUUGGAAGUACAAAACCCGGUGCUGAUGUCUUGUACAAACUCGAUUGGCUUUGUGUGAGACACGAUCGAAACACAUUGUGGCCCGUUAACGAACCCGAAGACUGGGUUUCGCAGAAACUUUCGCCUGUAAGACAUGCUUUUGAGAGUUUUCCGCCGUACAAUUACACGGGAAUCGAUGAGAGGGACUUGAAUGUGUCGGGAAUUGGUCAAGCUUCGUUUUAUUUUGACGAUCCGAAUGACAGUAUCACGGAUAUUCAACGAGAGGAAAUUGACACAGUCGAUAUGAGUGGCGUCGCGCCGCUUCAAGUGACAUCAACAACGCCUUCCGUACCCGCCAAAGCACGAACUUUGCCAGAUAAAAUAUUGACAGCACGUGCAAUGCGUUCAAAACACAACCGAUCGUUGUCUGAAUCGAAAACCGCAGACAGUUUGAGUAUUAUUAACAAUCCGGAUAUUCGACAUCGGCAGAGAUUUAAUUCAGGCACGGAUUCUAACACGUCGGGCGUAAGUAGUUGUGACUCGGUUGGCGGGAGAAAUGCACCGGAAUUCACAACGCAACAUCAUACCCUCAGUCCGAUCCCGAGUUCGUCGAAUCUGAUGGAGUUCAAGAGACCCAGACCAAGGAGAAUUUCCGUUACGGGUGUGCCCAUUAACGAUAUGGGACCUUCGCCACAGGAUAUUCAUGGCGUUGCUGCAUUUCGAUCGAUACGACGAAAUAGACCUGUGUGGUCAGAAUCCGCAGCGGAAGAUCACAACAGCAGUACGGUUAGUGAGAGUCAGGUUCAAAGUACGGCAAAUAGACCGUUUUACAGCAAAUCCAAGAGUUUAGAUCGACAUUCGUCGUUUAGUGGGUAUGAAGAUUUCAAACAAAAUUUACUUUCUCAUCGUCUUCUUAAAACAAGCAAUCUCAAAGGACCUUGUUAUAUUGGCAUUUGUCUUCCAAAGUACAUCAACGAUCUGUUUCCUCCAAUUGUUCACAACGCCGGCACUUAUGUGUCGCAACUCAACGGCGCAGAUUCCGCCGUGCAACUUGUCGCCGACUUAUCGCUCCAAAUGACGCAACUGACGACAUCAGACGAUGUUAACGUCGUCGCCGAACCCCAAAUCACGAAUCUUCCCAACAUGAUGGAUAGCAUGUCAGACGUUGGCAUGGUAUCAAGCAUGUCGGAUGUCUCAACAACGAGUAAACGUUGCCGCAUGGUAAGCAAACACGAUCGCAACGAGUGUCUUUAUUGCGCCCGUCAACGCGGAAGUCGCCUCAAUUCGUCGUCGUGCAUCAGCAGCGACUUGAAUAUUUCGGCAUCAACGUCGCGAAAACGCGGAUCUUACGCGCCACAAAGCAUCCUGACGGCUUCGAUGGAUGUCUCAUAUAAUUCGCCAGAAAGUGUUUUUAGUGAGGAGAGUGUCGGCACGGGUCGCAUUAGCAACCAGAUAUUGCGUCACGUGCAAAAUAUGGUUGUGUGGAGUAAGCAAUCGAAGAAUGCGUUGCUCGAGUUGAAGAAUAAGCAACCGGCUGCCUUUCAGGAUAUCUGUUUGUAUUCGGAAGUGUGCAAAAUAUUGGGAAAUAAUACUUACAGACCGUGGGCACGAAGGUUUAUUCAAGAGAUUUUCUACGAUCUCGACUUUGAUUGCUUCUUCAGCGACACAACGGAGAUCCUCAAGACGCAACGCGAGCUGUUUAGCGACGAAACGUUGGAAAUUAUCGAAACGAGUGAUACUUCUGGUGAAUUAAAUGUGAUAACGAUGUCGAAGAUGUCGUCUCUAGCCGGUGCGGCGGAAAAGUCUAAUAGUAAUUGUAGUAGUAGUAGUAGCAGUUCAGCAAUUGUAAAAACUCAUUUGAUGCAUUUCAAGCCGCCCGCACUGGCAAGUGUGUACGAAGCGAGUGCCGAAAACCUCCUUACCGACUCGCUAAACUCAAAACGCUCCUCGUUAAAUCCUCUUUCAGUUCCUAACAAGCCAGACGGCGACGACGACGACGAUGAUGACGUAACGACGCCCGAAACCCUCAAAUUCAGAACCGAACAAAGCAUCGAUGGCUCCUCAGCCACGACUUUAACCGAAACUGCCAAUAGAAAUAUUUUUACUACUAAUGAUAUGUGUAGCGUAAGCAACUUCAAUAAUAAUAGUAAUAAAUCUAAUAACUACAUGAGACCGCGAUUUAACACGUUCGCGUUCGACUUGAGUUGCACGAAAAACAAAUUUCCCAUCAGGGAUCGCAGUAAACUACUUGCGACGAAAGAUCUCAAUCGCAGCGGCGACGAUAACGCGGGCAUUUUCAAACCUGCCGAACGUGCGCAAAGUCUUCAUACGACAUUUAGCACAACCGCCGCCGUCGCAGCACCUUUUGGCAGUUUGUUUUGCGAGAAACGAUUGCUGCAGGGAUCUCAAUCGGAGAUCGGUCUUUCCCUCAUUUGUCAGAAAAAACAACCAAAUUUGAACGAAAGCAAAAACAGUAUUUUUCAGAAAAUUUGGUCCUUUGGAAAUGAUCUGAACUCAGUAGUUUUGGAAAUCUAUCGAAAAUGCCAAAAAAUUUAAAAGAAUUUUGUCAGUUUCAAGUGAAUUUUAUGUGAAG